AUGAAGAUUCCUUUCAAGUACACGAGGUCUCAACUUGAGGUUUUUCGCUUUGCAUUUUGUCUAUUAUCACCGGUAGCAGUGAUGUACUACAUUGGUAUAGAUACUGACAAGAAGUUGAAUGUGCCAGGGUUUUGGCCUGAUCCUGAGACCUUAAACAAGAUACCUAAGGAACCUUACGAAAUAAAAGCUGAGCUGGCAAGAAUGAAGAAGGAAAGACUUGAAAAAAGACUGCGUCUCGAAAAGAAGAUUGCAGAAGAAUAUGGGAUAGACAUCGAAGCUGAAAAGGCUCGGAUUAGGGAGGAAAUGGAGAGAAAAUAG